AUGCUGGACAAUUUAAACAAGGAAACUACACUGGUAACAGUAAGGACUCAGGUUUGUAAUCGGCCUUCUCACGAACUUAGCGAUGAUGAAUCUGAUGAAGAGAAUUCAGAUAAGUCGGAUGCCGAUGACGCACUCAAUUUCCUUAUUGAGGGAGACGAUAGUUUUCAUGGUUCAUCAGAUGAUGAUGAAGUCUCUGCUCUUAAUGAACUGUCAGAAUUUUUCGGUGAUGAAGACAAGACAAGCGAGCCGCUAAGUUCUGAACUGGCAAAGAUAAUGGAGAAAAUGUUCAUGACCAAAACUAACUCGGAGAAAAUUAAAGAAAUCUCCAACAAGUAUGAUAGGCCAAAAAACAUUAACAAUGUUUCUGCACCAAAAGUCAACAAAGUCAUAUGGGAAAACAUGUCAUCCAAAAACAGAGCAAGUGACAUUAAAUUACAGACUACCCAGAAUCUUGUAGGAAAAGCCAUGAUUCCGACAUUGAGACUGUUUGAUAUGCUCAUUAAUUGCAACUCGAAAAAAGGGUUGGUUGAUGUUAAGAAGGCAAAACAGCUGUGUAGUGACAUCUUGAAGUUUCAGAAAUGUGUUUUCCAUAACUUGUCUUACAAGAGGCGGGAACAAAUUAUCCAGCCUGAGAAAAACAAACAGUUUGUUAGUUUAUGUUCCGCAGAGAGCUCUUCAGAAAAUUUAUUUGGAGACGACUUGGGCAGUCAAGUGAAGAAUGUUAUAGAGGCAAAGAAACUUGCGCAAAAGAUAUCGAACAAAGAUUAUGGUGGGAAAUACAGGAUCCCCAAAUUCUCCAAUAGCUACGAGAAGAAGCUAAGGCAUAGGACCGGAAAGAGCAAUUUUUUGGCCAAACAGUUCAGUUUCAGCAAGAAAAAGAAGGGGGAGUCAAAUCAGUAG